AUGAAAAUCACACUGAAAACACUGAAGCAGCAGACGUUCUUCGUCGAGGUGGACGUCGAAAAGGACACAGUGAAAACUCUGAAAGAGAAGCUGUACACCGAGAGCGAGCUAGCGUACCCGGUCGACAGGCAGCGAUUGAUCUAUCUUGGCAAAAUCAUGGAAGACGACCAUCUGCUUAGCCAGUACAAACUCGACGAUAAGAAGUUUAUCGUGGUAAUGAGCAAAAAGCCCUCGCCAGCCGCUGACGAACCGGCCGAGGGUGAGGCGACCGAACCGAAAAAGGAAACGGCACCGGCCCCGAAACAGGCGGACACAAAGGUAGAGGGCGACAGUACCGAUCCGCCGUCCAGCAGUGCCAGCAAACCGUCCACGUCCACACCAUCACAAUCUGCCCCAUCAACCGCCGACGAUCAAAAGACAGCAGCGCCGAAGGAUAGCACCACCAGCAGUACGGAGUCCAAGCCGGCAAACCCAUCAACUGAUGCCGUACCGGAAGAGAUGCAAGUAAACAUUCAAAGGCUAAAAGAGAUGGGUUACUCGGAACAAAGCGCCAGACUUGCGCUGGAAAUUUGCGCCAACAUUCCGGAUCGUGCCGUUGAGUACCUGCUGUCGGAGAUGGGCGGUGGUAGUGAUGUGUCCUUUGCGUUGGCCGCUGCUCAGCAACAACAACAAGAGCAGCAGGGUGUACCAACCGGUGCGGCACCAGCAGGCGAUGCCAACCCGCUCGACUUCCUGCGCAACAAUCCGGUGUUCGAAAACAUGAAGCGUAUACUGCGCGAUGAUCCACUAAUGCUCCCGCACUUGAUGCGCCGGAUGCAGGAAAGCAAUCCGGUACUGCUGAGCAUCAUUGCCGAGCAUCAGGACGAGUUUCUCGCCAUGAUCAACGAGGGUUCGGCACCGAUGUCUCACGAUAUGGAGGAUAUUGCGUCCGCAAUGAUAAACAGCCUAACGCCGUCCGAUAUGGACGCGAUCGAGCGACUGAAGGCGCUCGGCUAUCCGGAGCAUCUCGUCAUACAGGCGUACAUUGCGUGCGAGCGCGAUGAGUAUGAUGCGGCCAUGUUUCUCGUCACACAAACGCUGGACGAUGAAGAGUAG